UUCGCCGUCGACUUUCUUCCAAGGUUCCACAAACAACCACCGUCUCUCUCUCCCUUUCCCGGCCGAGUUGACUCAGUGAUUUACAAUGUUCUUCCUCCGAGUCCACUCAGUGGACACCAACCACGCCGUCAGCCUCGAAGACGCCGAGUUCACCACCAUCUCCGCCGCCAGGUCCGCCACCGCCGCGGCGCAAUCCAACCCUAGGUUCAGCGAGCGGAGAGGAAUCGCGCAUCUCUUCCGAACAAGAAAAGGAAGCUCGUCGCUGCCGAGCCACGGCGCCGCCGAGUCCACUCUCCUCUUCGUCGUCGCCGUCCCGAACUACCUGUCGUUCAACGACUUCAUCCGCUUCUGCGAGUCACGCCUCGACCAUGUCGCCGAGCUCGUCUUCCUCAGGAACGAUGCCAUGGAAGAUCGGUACAGUGUUGUGAUUAGGCUUAUGAAUGAGGUGAAGGCAGAAGGAUUUUAUGGAAGUUUCAAUGGAAAGAAGUAUUCGCCUGUCGAGGCUGAGGUGUGCCAUAUACUGUUUCUGGAUUCAGUCGACUACACAGAGUCGGCUCAAAUAGCCGGGACUCCUCCAGAUGAAUGUACCGAAUUGCCUAGUUGCCCGGUGUGCCUUGAGAGAUUGGACGCAGACAGUAGUGGGAUAGCAACUACACUAUGUGACCAUUCAUUUCAGUGUCCUUGUAUCUCAAAAUGGACAUACUUAUCAUGCGAGGUCUGCCGAUUGUGUCAUGAGCAGGAUGACAAUCCAGCUUGCUCUGUCUGUGGAAUAUUGGAGAAUCCCUGGGUUUGUGUAAUAUGUGGUUUUGUAGGUUGUGGAAGAUACAAAGAGGGCCAUGCUAAAAGGCACUAUGAGGAUACAAAGCAUUGCUACUCUCUCGACUUGAAGACCCAGCAGAUCUGGGAUUAUGUUGCUGAUGCUUAUGUUCACCGUCUGAACCAAUCAAAAGUUGAUGGCAAGCUAGGAACUGAUCUCAAUUCACACUGUAGAGGUUCUGGAGGAGAUUGUGACGGAUGUGAAUGUAGUGAGGAUUCUGGAAUUAGCAGAGCCCUCUAUAGUAGCAAAGUUGAAACUAUUGUUGAUGAGUAUAAUCGACUUCUUGCAAGUCAGCUUGAGACUCAAAGACAGUACUAUGAGUCUCUACUGAUGGAGGCGAAAAGUAAAACAGAAAGUUCAACUUCAGAAGCACUAGAGAGGGCUAUAAAUUUGAAGAUACAGGACAUUCAAAGUAAAUUGGAGAAAUCCCUGGAGGAGAAAAAAGCUGUUGCACAUAUCCACCAAACUCUCAUCGAGGAGCAACAAACCUUGAGUGCAAAAUAUAAAGAAGCUGAAGAGAGGGAAGCUGUGACCAUGAGAUUAAGAGACGAGAAGAUACUGGAUCUGGAAGAACAGAUUAGGGAUCUUACUGUCUAUAUUGGAGCCCAAAAAACACUGAAUGACAUGAACAACUCGGAUGACAUUAAAGGGGGAACUCUCCUACCCGUACCAUCAAAGCAAUCAUCUUCGGCCAAGAAUAGAAGACAGACCAAAUCAAGCAGAAGACGGAGUUAGAUAGUUUGAGAAGAGAAUUAGCAUCUCGUUUGUUCACAUCUUUGGGUUCAUGAAGCAUUUCAGCUUCUUAGCAUAUACAAGAACUAGUUCUGUUGUUCUAAAUGUACAGAUAUAACCGGAACAAUGUUUGGAUUCAGAAGUUUUUAAUGCUGGGGAGUGGGGAUCACCAAUAGUCAACUAAUUCUAGGUAAGUAGGAACUGGUGUGCUGCUCGUGGAGGCCUGCAUGUAUAGAUAUACUAGCAACUCUAGAAAUGGCUAAUCUCAUCAAUGGUACCGCGUACCAAACUUGAAAACCGUAUGUCACCCACGUAAUUUCUCUGUUGGACC